GAGUGAGAGAGAGAGCGAGGGACGCAGAGUCGGAAGAAAGUCGUCAGUUAAAGAGAACAUCGAACAUGUUACGGACGGUGCUACUCUGUUCUCUGCUCCUGGUGCUGCAGCCCUACGCCUCAUUCGGUUUUGAUUUUCUUGAAAGAGGACGGAGAGAUGCUAAAGAUCACCACAACUGGAACUAUGAAGACAAAACAGGUCCCGAUCACUGGCCCAAAAUGUUCAAGAAGUGUGGUGGAGCGAGGCAAUCUCCCAUUAACAUAAUCAACAGCGAAGUAGACUUAAACGACGAAUUAGACGCAUUCGAGUUCGAUAACUACGAUGAUCCACUCGUUGAUGCGCGCAUCGAAAACAAUGGACACACAAUUCAAGUCAGCCCAGGCUCUAAAGACCCACCCAGAACUAUUGACGAAGGUGGAAUGGAUGACCAGUAUCAGUUCCUACAGCUACACUUCCAUUGGGGAUCUGACAGUAAGAAAGGUUCCGAACAUUUAAUUGAUGGUUCAAGUUUUCCAUUAGAGAUGCAUUUUGUUCACAUAAAUAAGAAUUACAAGACUAAGGAAAAAGCUCUGCAGAAGGAAGAUGGUCUUGCUGUCCUUGCAGUAUUAUUUAAAUUGGACGACGAAGACAACCCUGCUCUGACACCCAUCAUCGACAAGUUGGAUGACGUUCGACAGGAAGGAAGCAAAGCAGAUUUAGACGAUGCCUUCACCCUGGAAUCCCUGUUGCCAGACGAUCUGAUGCCAUACUACCGAUACAAAGGAUCUCUAACAACCCCUCCCUGCAGUGAAGCUGUAACUUGGACCGUGUUCAAGGACUUUGUGCCCAUUAGUGAGAAACAGCUGCAGCUAUUCCGUAACGUGAAAGAAGAAGACGAAGGAGAACCUGCCGAAUCCUUGGUCGAUAACUUCAGACCAGUACAAGAGCUUCACGGUCGCGUUGUUGAAAUUUCUCGAGAUUCGGACAACGCAGCCCCUUCACUCAGCUCCUCUACCCUAAUGGUUCUCACAGCUUUUGCUCUCUUCCUCUGAAGGUUCCCCACCGGACUAAUUUCAAUUUAGAAGUGGCAGCAUAAUUCAUUUGAGGGAGAAAUUCGUUUUGAAUCAGAGCACCUGUAAAAAAGAGCGGCUCCAAGACGCUAAUUUCAUGACAUAAUGAAAGUUUUAGCACCAAAUUUUAAUACUUGUAAGCUUUUCAUGAAAGGAUCUGAGAAGUCACAAAACAAAGUGUCCACUAAGCCAAAGAAUCGUCAUCUCUUCGUAAAAAGAAACAGCAAAUGUCUUUUUUCAAAACUAGUUUGACUUUGGCAACAAGAAAAAUAUUUCAAUAACUUUUCAUCUAAAUAUACAACUUUCGACAACUUUUUUCUUAAAAUGAUGGCAACUGAUGCGAAUUUCCGUUAGUAUGUACAGGAUUCAAAUGUUGUAUCACUCUAGAGUUAAUAAUAAUAAUAAACACGAAAACGGCAAAUCGAAUCAGCUUGGGUUUGUGAGAACAUAGAUCGGAUCACUUUUGUUUGCCAACUAGUAAUAAAAAGGCACUUUUUGUUGACUUCGUUUUGACGUAAUGUAACGAACAAACAGAAUUAGCAAUUCUACUACUAUUUAUAACUAAGUUAAUAAUUAAAGCUUAAAAGUAUCUUUAGAGUUCGAACCAUAUCAAGACCUCUAUAGAAUUCAGAAAUAAGUUUGGUAGAGAAGUUUAUCAAAAUGAUGGAUUAAUUUCGUAAAUCGAAUUCUGCUGUCCAUUCUUCUAAGUAUUUUGCGUUCUUUCUAAAUGAAAACGAAUGGUGAAACCACCUCUACUUAAAAGGCAAGGGAAAUAGGUGCAUUAUUCUUCCCAGAUUAAAAUGCGAGUACAAGUAAACACACAAAAUAAGUAUUUAGUAACAGCAAAACUGCAACUACUUGGUGCCAUUUUUAAUGAAAGAAAUUCUACGUUUCUUCUGUAGUCCAUCUUAUUACCAAUGUGUGUUUUGAUCUUCCUUAAGCUAAUUACUAUACGAAUGAAUUUCAUCAUAUAUAACUCAUUAUAACGUUUUAUUUUCUCGGAAAUAUUUUAGGUCCUUUAGAAAGUUUUUCAGGUUCGUGAAAAACUAGUUUUUGUCUUGAAAUAUUAGUUAAGCUAACUGUUAAAAUAGUUGAAGAAACUACUAUAUUGUUGAGAAAACGUGCUUUAACGUAUUUCUUUCUUAUUUACUUCGUUUGACAAAUAUUUGGUGCCAAUGACUUGAUCGUUUAUCCGCUUGAAAUUUUCUAUUUUUACAUAAUGAUUAAUAACUAGGAAAAUGUUGAAAUGAAAGCAAUUAUUUUAUCUAAACAGUAAAAAAAUUGUUAUAUAUUAAAUACUAAAAUAACCUGUAAAUAUCGAAUAUGAAGCAAAUUUUUGCACAUAUUAUCCAUUAUAACUACCAAUGAAAUUCUUAAAAAUCUGGAAUUGUUGCAGAAAUUUCAAUUUUCAAUUCGUGAAAUUAGAAUCAAAUUCAGUAUCUGCGAAAAGUUAAUGCAAGUAAUUUUAGAUUUUCAAACAUCUGAUUAGCGUUAAUUACUAAUUAAUUUUUUAUGAUAUUUAAUAUGGGAUUUGAUAUAUAAAUUACAUAUAGACCGUUUUUUACAAAAGAAAGUUAUGAAAUACUAAUUAUAUGAUACAAAAUGUUGCUAUUGAUAUCAAUACCAAAACUACUUUUUACACAUUUCUUAAAUUGAGCUAGUUAUUAAACUUUGUUACCAUCCGGAAAUUAUACCUUUCUGAAAUAAUUUCAGAAAAAAAAAUGUUUGGAAUGAUAUUUAGGUUUAUUUUAAAGAUAUGCAACACAAAUCGCAGGUAAAUAUUUCAAUGAAUAGUUAAAGAUUUAAAUUCAAAAUUUAUGAGUGAAAAUAUGGGGGAUGUGAGUUUUUCAUGUGGAAUAUUUCUAUAAGAACUUUCAAAACUUAACUGAAAGACUGAUAAAGGAUUAUGAAAGAAUACAUCUCACGGCGAUGAGUGUGAUAAUAAAACAAGGUGCUUUCUCAAACUCAACAAAUGAUCUGCCAUAAAAAGAUAAUUAUCCCUUGUAAAUGUUAUUUUUGUAAUAUGUGUAUAACAAAAUGUUUGUACAGCUAGUGUCACCUGUCAUGUAGUUUUUGCUUGUUUAAAACUGAAGUGUAAAAUAUGGGGAAAAUGUUUUGUGCCAUACUUUAAUUUGUAAAAGAAUGAAAUUAAUAAAGUCUGACUGUUUGUGUUCAACAUUUAACUUUGGCUAAACCAAAGAAAAAGUGAUUUAUAUUAAAAUAUUCUCCUCAA